AUGGAAAGUGAUAAAGGCAGUGACGGUGAAUCUGUAAAUACUGCUUACGAAAACAAACUGCCAAAAGCGGAUGGGAAAACGAAGUCACGAUUAUCACAUAUUCAUGACAUAAGCAUUCGCCUGCUAAAUGCUGGAUUACGGAAGGGGACGCACCUGAGAAGAAUAGUAAAGGAAGAGGAAUUAAUAGGAUUACUUCAAGAAACAAAAGCUGUGCUACAAAGUCAAAAUACAUUUACUGAAAUUAAUACACCAGUGGUCGUUUGUGGUGAUAUACAUGGACAGUACAACGAUAUGCUUCGGAUUUUUGACAAAUGCGGUUUUCCACCGGAAUCGAACUAUUUAUUCCUUGGUGAUUAUGUAGAUCGUGGCAAGCAGUCAAUUGAAACCGUGUGCCUCCUUUUCUGUUUCAAAAUUAAGUAUCCUGAAAAUUUCUUUUUAUUAAGAGGAAAUCAUGAAUGUGCUGGAAUUAAUCGAGUGUAUGGAUUCUAUGAAGAGGUCAACCGACGUUAUCGUUCUGUUCGUCUUUGGGAGGAUACAUUCAAUUACCUACCAUAUGCUGCUUGCAUAGCUGGGAAAAUUUUGUGUAUGCACGGCGGUCUGUCACCAAAAUUAAAUGAUUUCGAUUCGUUGCGUAACAUAAAACGUCCAUCAGAUCCACAACCGACCUCCAUGGAACUUGACAUUCUUUGGUCAGAUCCAGACGAAAGAGUACAAGGUUGGCAACCAAAUAGCCGAGGUAUCUCGUUUGUUUUCGGUGUUGAUGUUUUGACAGACGUAUGCGAGAAGCUAAACAUCGAUCUAGUCGCUCGUGCACAUCAGGUGGUACAAGAUGGAUACGAGUUUUUUGGCAAUCGUCGUUUAGUGACCAUAUUUUCGGCACCACAUUACUGUGGAGAGUUUGAUAAUGCAGCUGCAGCGAUGAAUGUAGCAGAAGAUCUCAGUUGCUCGUUUCACGUGUUUAAGCCAACAGCAAAAGCAGUUCGCAUGGCAAUGAAACAAAAAGAAAAAGCUGAAUAA